GGCAGUGAGCGCAGCCCGGGCACAGCGCUGCUGGAGGGAGGACCCACGGACCGAGCUUCAUCCAACAAUGGCAGGAACUUUUACCCACUGAUCCCAGCUGCUGUGGAGGUUUCCCUGUCGCUCCAUCGUUAACUUCUGCCUUGUUCUGGACUAAGUGAGAUCAAUGAUGGCGUCGGUUUCCAGGGAGCGUCUCUCCGUGGCGCGCAGGAUACGCGCGGGGCUGUUGGCACUGGUGCUGUGCGCGCAGGCCGGGUUUGGGUUCUCCGUCGCCGGGCAGCAGGACAGCACCUGCGAGGCCAACGGGAGCCUCUACUACGUCGGGGAGUGGUACUUUUUGGACUCGGACCACUGCACCCAGUGUGAGUGCACCGCCGAGGGGUCCGCGUGCGCCCGCACCGAGUGCACCACUCUGCCGGCGGCGUGCAUCCAUGUCAGCCACUAUCCCACCGACUGCUGCCCCCGGUGCGAGAAGAUCGGCUGCGAGUACCGAGCUGUGGUGUACGAGCUGGGACAAAGCUUCCAGCCGUCAGAGUGUGAGCAGUGCACUUGUGACAGUGAUGGCAUCGCCCGCUGUCUGGUUGCAGACUGCGCCCCCCCACCGUGCGUCAACCCCGUCUACGAGCCUGGAAAGUGCUGCCCUGAAUGCAAGGACGGUCCCAACUGCUACACUGACGCCUCCCGCCAUCAGGUGAUUCCUGCAGGAGAGCCCGUGUGGGUCGACUCCUGCACCAAGUGUCGCUGUCAUGACGGCCAGGACGCCGGCUACUGGGAGGGAAACCGUCUCGCCACCUGUUCCCGCCUCAAGAACUGCACACCUGAACAACCGUCCGCCCAGCACAACUGAUCCGGGGCCUGUCAGCAGCAGAGAGUCAGCUGUCGUCUUAAAAUACACACAUUCCUCGAGGGUCCGAUCAGCUGCAAACCUGCCGUGUCUAAGACGAAGCUGAACCCUUCUCCGCUGCUAAAUCAAAAUGUCAUCUUAAAUGUCAGACUUAACGGAUCAUCGGCAGCCACAGAAAUCUUUGGGAACGGCAACCAAAGACUUUAAGCUCAGCUGCCGUGUCAAGGAUAAUCCAUCCAACAUUUUUAUAUCACUGACGAGACCCCAUGAAUUUGUCACUUUGGUGGACAAGAGUGGAUCCUUGUGUUUCCUUAUCUGUUCUGCACAAACAGGGCGGAAAUUCGAGGCCGGAGGUCCAGAACUAUCCUCUGAAGUUGUGACCCUGUUGUGUUGCUGUUAUUCUAUGCGUUUUAAUUAGUUACCAAAAAGGAACUGACCCACAGAAACCUCAGGGCAACCACAGGCGUACUGGUUCCAUCAAUAUGGGCCCAACGGCUAAUUGUUUCACCUCUUGGCCUCUGCCAGCCUCAUGCUUCCACCGCACUGUUAUGUAAAGACGGGCAGAUUCGAUUUCAUAGUUCUAAACUAGACACCAGACGCAGGAAAACAGGAAUACAUGUCUUCAUUCAAAUACUAGACAACCUUCGCUAAGGCCAAACAACACUCCCAUUAAACUGAGAGUUUUUUAAUUCAAGACCCUUGAAUGAUUCCCUGGGAAAUCAGUGAAAAAAACCCAUAUCUCACUAUAUUAAAUCAAAUAACAUAAUAAAAACCAGGUUCUGCCCCCUGAUCCAGAUCCGCACCGAAGGUUGAUGGGUACUACUUGACUUAUACCACAUCCCUCCACCAAGCUUUGUGUAAAUCCGUUGAGUAUUUUUUUUGUUUAGUCGAUUUUGUGUAAAUCACGCUUACAAACAAAGUAACCCACCGACAAAUGAACAGGGGUGACAACAAGGGACAGUGUGUUAAAAAUAAAGCAAGAAUAAGGGAUCUCAAACACAAGCCACCCUUGUGCAGCAUUUGGGCUUCUACUGAAAAUUUAAAGAUUUAAACAAAUCUGAUAGGAACUACAAAUAAAACUGACUCCAUUUUUCUGCCUUUAGAUUUCAAAAAGAUUGACUCCAGUGGAUCAAUAUGUUUUUUAUAAUUUUUAAGGUAAAAACCCAGAUGGUGUUAUUUAGUAAAUUUCCAGACGUACUGUGGUAAACAGCAGCCAUAUAACAAAUGCAAUGAGAUUCCCCUGAACAGGAUUUGUAAUUGACCUGUCACGACUUGAUGCAGCACUAAAAACGUUUGCACAGCUGUGAUGCAAUUUAGACGAGUGAAUGGCUCAGUGAGGCAAUAGACCAUUUGAAACGUUUCUAUAAAUUUCAAAGUUCCAUUUCCGUUCUAACUGAAACAUAAUGGAUGAGACUGUGUCCUGAGACAUUGUAAGAGAUGUGUGAGAGACUUUGCUAUAGCCUAACAUAACUGUACAGUAGUGGUAGACAACAGGGUUUCAUUUAAUGGACUUUGAUCUGUGCAUGUAAACUGUAGAGCAGGAAAAGAAAAGAUAAUUUAGUGCUUUAGUCCUUGUUAUUAACAUGUCAGGUUAACACGAUCAUUUACUGUCUUCACAAUCAUGCAAAAUGAAAUGUAGCAUGAAGUAUAUAUAUAUAUAUAUAUUGUCAUUUUAUAGUUUGUACACAGCCGGUCGUUCUACAAGGAUUUUGCAAGUAUUUUAAUCAAGAGGGACAUUUAAAUGAAAACCAAAAAUAAUAGUAUGUGUCUAUGUGCAGUGAUGGAGCCUGUUUUUAUAUCUAAGACACCAAAAGAGCUUCUUUUUAAAAGGUUGUGUAAUGUUACGACUGACGAGUUCCUCAGUCUUAAAUCUCCAUUGUUUUAAAGCAAGGUUUGGAAGGAAGUGCAAACUUUUAGGAUUGUGAACAUCUUCUAAAUGCUUGCGUUUUUGCUUAGAUGAGAAGUUCAACACCACUGUACCUUUACACUAAACUAAGGUAACAGGCCUAUUGACAUGUUUACUGUGUAUAUCCCUUUCCUUUAAGUGCAGGUUUGAAUCCAUCGACCAAAAGGAACUAACUCCCAUAUCCCCCCCCAAACCAUGUUAUGUGUCCUGUUGGUGAUAUGCCUACAUCCUGUAAAGUAUUUCAAAUUAAAACACCUUUUCAUGUCAA